UGGCAAGACCCGAUACCAGGCAGCUAAAUAUAGUCUACGAUAGACUGCGGUAUCCAGCCUGUCACGGAGAGCCAAUGCCAGGCACUGAACCAGUUCAGCGAAGAGCAAGGUAACGCGAACGGGCUGAUCUACCAGAUGCCACAAGCGGCCAAGUCGAAAAAUCCUUUGUUAGAAAUGGGUCAAAGGCCUGGAAGCGGCAUGUUUGAUGCCCAGCAAACGGAAAAGACGUCCAGAAACCAGAUGGCGGACAUGUCUGAAGGCGAUCUGGCCAACAUGGCGGCUACGAACCGAGUAGAAGCUCUGGACGGUUAUCCGACGAUGGAAGACUUCUCUGCGCACAUGCCUGCUGAAACCGCCGCUACGCUGUGGGAAAACGUCAGAAUGCAUUUCAAUACAUUAUUGGAAGCUUUCGAAAGUUGGGAUAUGAGCAAGGUCCAGCACAUGAUCCUGCUGUUCUGGGGAUCGCUCGCAGAUUCGCUCAAGCAAGAAAUCCGCAAGAAGACAGUGGGAGACCUGGUCAAUCGCUGUGAAACGCUUUUCUGGGAGGAGAUUUUGAGAUACUUGAUCAGUUCUGUGGCAGGCUCUCUGUCCGAGCAGGUCAUCCAGCAAGUGAACGAGCUCGGUGCAGGGUUGGAAAACCUCAUGGACAUCUCUACCAAGGGUUUUAGUCGACCUACUUUCGACAACUUCGUAGCUCGCCGCGACAAGAUGGCCAAAACGAUCGGACAUCUCUUGGUUCGAUUCUGCGACUUGCGCAGGACUUCAGACGUCCUCAAGGACUUGCUGAAACGCCAAAAUCUGUUUAUCAGCGUCUUGUCGGCUUGGAAAUCCUUGCAAUGGUCCUCGAUACUGUGCCAGACGAGCCUCAUGCUGAAACUAGAUGACAGCGUCAUCCGAGAGUCCGUUUUGAGUCCGUUUGAAGAUAUCUUGCAACAAGCCUGCGACAACCAGGAUCAACCUCAGAUCGACGAAAUCAGUAUCGAGGAGAUGAGCAACUGGCUUCAGGAUCUGAUUUGUGAGCUCUUACAAGAAGGUUUCCACGCCAAACCGGUCGAAGCGAACAAAAUCGUUUUCGCCACGACGUGGUUCACAUCCGAGAUCGCGCGGGAUCUCACCAUCAAGAGUUCCGACUGCUUUGGGAUUUACCAACUCCUCAAGGUCUGGGUGGACGAUUUCGUAUCUUUGUUCGUUCAGCGAAAGAUUUGUUUGCGCGAUUGAGACACAUUAUGGAUUGGGCGUGGCUUUAUGGACAAUAUUGAACGAGCAUUCAUAGAUUUCUGCCUUAUGUAAACACAAGCUCUGAACCACGAGCCAGCUGACUUGCUUAACAAGCUGCAAGAUGCAAGAUACACGGACAAACACCUUCUCGAUG